AUGGGCGAGUCGAGACAAGAGCUAGUUGCAUGGCUCAACAGCCUCCUUCAGCUUAACAUUACGAAGGUUGAGCAAUGCGGUACUGGUGCUGCCCUCUGCCAGGUCUUUGACAGUAUCUACAUGGACGUCCCCAUGUCAAAGGUCAAGUUCAAUGUGAACUCUGAAUACUUGUAUAUUCAAAAUUUCAAGGUCUUGCAAAACACCUUUACCAAGCACCAAAUUGACAAGCCUAUUCCUGUCUCCGCACUUAUCAAGUGCAAGAUGCAGGACAACCUCGAGUUCCUCCAGUGGACAAAGCGAUUUUGGGAUCUUAACUUCCCCGACCACGAGUACGAUGCCGUUGCCCGCCGAAAAGGUGGCUCAAUGCCUCCCGCAGCCGCCGCACCCCGACCUGCUGCUAGCACUGGCGCCGCUCGCCGCGUGGGAAGCGGUACCCCCAGUGGUGGACCCCGAGUUGCAAAGGCCGCUGGACCCGCUACCGCAGCUCUUCAGCAAGAAAAUGCCACAUUGAAGGAGACCGUCACAGGUCUGGAGAGGGAACGAGAUUUCUAUUUCAGCAAGUUGCGGGAUAUUGAGCUACUUGUUCAACAGGCCGUUGACGAGGACCCUGAGCUGGAGAAGCAAGAGGAUGGCCUCGUAAAGCAGAUCCAAACUAUCCUUUACUCAACAGAGGAAGGAUUCGAGAUUCCUGCUGAGGGCGAGGGUCUCGAUGACCAAGAGACCUUUUAG